CUAAUAAACCAUCGGCUCCUCGCCGCCCAGCCCCGUGCAGCCAGGAGGCCAGGCCGCCGAGCCGCCCGCGCGCCCGCCUGAAACAUGGUCCUGCUGGCUGCGGCGAUGCUGCUGCUGGCUUCAGUGGCUGCUGAGGACGAGCGGAUCAUCGGGGGACAGUCCUGUGGCCGGCACCAGCAGGCCUACCAGGUGGCCCUGAUGGGCUCCCCCAACACCGUGCGCUGUGGGGGGGUGUUGAUCGACCCCAGCUGGGUGCUGACGGCUGCCCACUGCGACACCGCGCGCCCCAUCUCCAUUCGCCUGGGGGAGUACAGCCUGAAGACUAGCGAGGGGACAGAGCAGUGCAUCAAAUCAACCCAAUCCUUCCCUCACCCCAACUACAACCUCACCUCGCACGACUACGAUAUCAUGCUGCUGAAGCUGCAGAACGCCGCCAACCUCAACAACUACGUCAAAACCAUCGGCCUGCCUGACAGAUGCCCUGAACCCAACACGGAAUGCCUGGUGUCCGGAUGGGGCACGACCCAGACCCCUAAAGUGCAGUACCCCAACAUUCUGCAAUGUGGGAAAGUCUACAUCGAGCACAACGCGGACUGCGAUAAAUCUUACCCCGGCGCCCUCACCGAAAACAUGCUGUGUGCUGGUGUGAGGGAAGGAGGUGUGGAUUCCUGCCAGGGUGACUCCGGCGGCCCACUGGUCUGCAACGGGAAACUCCAGGGCAUCGUCUCAUGGGGAUCACAGGUUUGCGCGCCAAAAGGCAAGCCGGGCGUCUACACCAAAGUCUGCAGAUUCACCGACUGGAUCCGGGGCACGAUAAGCGAGAAUUCCAGCAACCGAGCCUCCAUCGCCUGCUAGAAGCAAGCCACAGCUGCC